GCAAACACUUUGCUCUCACAGUUAAAGUAGAGGCACCAGCUGAAACAGCCUCCUUGGAGAAAUCCUGAGAAUGCAUCAGCUCCUUCCAAAGAAGGUCUGCUUGCAGGGACACGCCAAAGUGUCCUUCCAUGAACAUGGCUGAGCCUCAGGACAACGAGCUGAGGAUCGUUCUGGUCGGGAAAACUGGAAGCGGGAAGAGCGCUACAGGAAACACGAUCCUUGGGAGACCAGUGUUUUGUUUUCGAAUUUCUGCCCACGCUGUCACCAAGAUCUGUGAAAAACAAACCCGAAAAUGGAACGGGAAAGACCUUGUUGUUGUUGACACCCCAGGGCUCUUUGACACUGAGGAGAAGCUGGAAAGCACGUGUAGAGAAAUCAGCCACUGUGUCAUCGCCUCCUGCCCAGGACCACACGCCAUCCUCAUGGUUAUACAGCUGGGCCGCUUCACGGAGGAAGAGCAGAAAACGAUUGCUUUGAUCAAGACUGUCUUUGGGAUGGAAGCCAUGCAGCACCUGAUAGUCUUGUUCACUCGCAAAGAUGAGCUGGAUGGCAGCAGCCUGAGUGAGUUCCUGGGAGAUGCACACGCAAAGCUAAAAAGCAUCAUCGAGGAGUGCGGGGACCGCUGCUUUGCCAUUAACAACAAGGCAGACCCGGCUGAGAAGGAAGUUCAAGUGCAGGCACUGAUGGAGCUGGUAGAGCGAAUGGUGCAGAAGAACAGAGGGGCUUACUUUUCUCACGCCAUCUACAAGGACAUAGACGAGAGGCUGAAGUAUCAGGCAAAAGUUUUGGUGGAAUUUCACACUGAACAAUUAAAUAACGACAUCAAAAUAAUACAAGAGAGCAAUAAAUCAGAGCAAGAAAAGCUGAGAGAUAUAAAAGACAGGCAUAUGAAACAUGAGGAAAGAAUAAAAAAUGCAAGGGAAGAAGCUGAGGGUUCUGUAUUGGAAUAUGGCUUAAGGAAGAUUUUGAAAAUUCUUUCAAACAUAUGGCAGAUGUUUUGGAAGAAGUAAUAUACAUGACAUUCUUUCUUUAUCAUUUACUCUGCUUUGUUAAUUCAGUAUAUUCUAUUUUCCAAGCAGAGCCACAGCAACAUCUUCCCUCCUCCUCUUAUAUUAAGGUCUAGCUGGCAAAUGCAAAUUGUGCAGUUUCAAUGUGCACUUUUAAUGUGCAUUUGUAAUGAAAUGAUUAAAUGUAAUUAAU